GCGCUGCUUCUUCCUUCUCUUCUUCGGGUGUUCACCGCCCCCCUACCUGUGCUCGCUCGCUCUCCGGCCGCGGGCGGGUGCCCCUCGGCAGGUACGCGGGUACUGGGGCGUGGGCGGGGAUUCCGACUUGGUCCCGCCAAGGCGGGCUUUGGCAUGACUUAUCUGCUGCCCUCAGGACCCUCGGCGCGGCGCGCACCGAUGCCCAGGUUGCACGACCACUUCUGGAGCUGUCCCUGCGCCGCGCGGCGUCCGAGCCCUCCGCGAGCCCGCGCCGCCCUGACUCCAGGCAUGCUGGUCACCCCUGCGCCCACUGCUGCCGGGGUCCCGCACUCCGACCCCGUGCCCCAGAGCCCGCGGGUCAGCAGCUGGCACCACGACCUGGUGCAGAGGAGCCUCGUGCUCUUCUCUGUCGGGGUCGUCCUGGCUCUGGUGCUCAACCUGCUGCAGAUCCAGAGGAAUGUCACGCUCUUUCCGGACGAGGUGAUUGCCACCAUCUUCUCCUCGGCCUGGUGGGUGCCGCCGUGCUGCGGGACGGCCGCUGCUGUUGUCGGCUUACUGUACCCCUGUAUCGACAGUCAUCUGGGAGAGCCCCACAAGUUCAAGAGAGAGUGGGCUAGCGUCAUGCGCUGCAUUGCGGUUUUUGUUGGCAUUAAUCACGCCAGUGCUAAAUUGGAUUUUGCCAAUAAUGUCCAGCUGUCCUUGACCUUGGCAGCCUUGUCCUUGGGCCUUUGGUGGACAUUUGAUCGCUCCAGAAGUGGCCUUGGGCUCGGGAUCACCAUAGCCUUCCUAGCGACGCUCAUCACUCAGUUUCUCGUGUACAAUGGUGUCUAUCAGUAUACCUCCCCAGAUUUCCUCUAUAUUCGAUCGUGGCUCCCAUGUAUAUUUUUCUCAGGAGGAGUCACAGUGGGAAACAUAGGACGACAGUUAGCUAUGGGUGUUCCUGAGAAGCCGCAUAGCGACUGAGCUUCCAAACCCACUGAUUCUGAAGAAUAAGAAACCAGAUUUGGGAAGAAACUUGGGGCAGUGGGUUGCAAUGAAGAUGAUCUUUCUCCUGAAUACUCUUAUUUAGAUUGGGCUGACUGUACUCAUGACUCCAGAAGAAAUGUCCACCUAGAAAUGUCUAGAAUAGCAGAGCGGAGACAGUGCUUACCUUGAAGUCUUAGUGGCUGAAUACAUAGUGCCCACCAGUGCCCUGGAGCACCCUGCCCAGGCUGUGUGUGGGCACCCAGCAGCGGCAGUUUCCCAAGUAUUAGCUCACAUUCGUGUUAUUAAAAGCAAGUUGCCAUAUGCGAAAGCCUUGAACUAAAACUUAAUUCCAACUCUCAGUUUGUACUGGUGCCCACAGAAACAGGUUGAUGGUGCUUAAUGAUGAAGUAUGGUAUAAUAGGAAUAUUUAUCCAAAAGGUUUUAAAAAAUAGGGCUGUGUAGAAAAGCAAAACAGGAGCAGUGGUGAGUGUAGGAAGGUGGCGCUCUGAGGAUGUCCCGUAGCAGCUUAUGGUCACACUUGCUGUGGUGGCACCAUGCACACCCAGGCAGUCACACAUGUGCGUGUCACCAGGAAGCAGGCCACAAGCUGCAUUUGGCCCACAGAGCUUUGUGUAGACAAUCUGACGGGAGCAGCAGGCAUGAGGAAUCAAGUCCUACACUGUGAUCUAGGGCGUUGACCUCAGUGUGUGACUUUUUAUUCAGUCUGGAAUCAUCUAUGAGUGGCUCGCUGUCUGCUGUGUAUUUUAAUCUCAGCGAGCCAAAGUUGUUUCUCUGUGACUCCAGAGUAGAGAGGACUGUUUUUCCACAGCCCUGUGGAACUUGCAAUCUGUGAUUGCCCUGUAAAGAGAAGAGUGCGUGCGUCACUGCACUGCCCGUGUGAUGUUCUAAGCGCUCGACCACGGUGGUGAGCACAGCGUAUUCAUUCCAUGGCGUAGACCAUGGCGGACCUAAUUUGCAGGCAUUGGGUCUCAAACUUCAAGUGCAAUGUACAUGAAAACCAAUCUGAGCCUUGUAUCCUCUUAAAUAUUUAUUUUUUUUUUAAUGUCUGAGAUGCUCCAGAGAAGGGUUCUCCACUCAUUUCAGUGCCGCAGGGAGGCAGGUGAGCGUACUGCUCAGUCCCGAGGUCCCUUCCCGCCAGACCUCCCCCAGCCCAGGCCCACUGAUAUACUCCGGUUUUGUGGGGAUGGUAAUUUUUACUUACAAAUUUACCUUGUUUUGUAUUUUGCAACAUAAGUGUUUUGGGCUCAUUUUAGAUGAAUGCAGAGACUCCAGAAGUCACCAGGCAGCAGGACAGGAGCGUGACUGCCCGCUGCCAGCCGACGCAUGUGGGUUCAUUCCGGGUGUGGCUGCCUGUAUUUCAUUUUGAGGAAAAUGUCUUGGAGUAAAUUUUAGGUUUCUGAAGCUAAUUUGUUUUAGAGAAAUUUUGUUUAAAAGCAGAUGGGUUGUCCUGAAUUUUGGGAUGAUCCCUUAUGCAUUUUCUUAAAAUGAAAACAGGGGUUAUGUGAAAACAUUUUUCAGUGAAAAUGUUGGCCUUUUAUGAAAACCAGAGGCUGCUAGUUGAAAGCAGUAUGUGAAUCUUUCCAAUAUACUUGAUCAUGCACAAACAGUGUGGGGUUUUUUUUUUCUCUUAAACUGGAAGUAAAUCUGUAUCUGUUAAAACAAUGUAGCCAAAAAAUGUGAAUCCAAAAAAUUUUUUGCCAAUAGUUUGUAGCAAAUAUAUUGAACCAAAGUCAUUUGAGUUUGUAAAAAUGUAAAAAGUAUGAGCAAAAUUUGCACUAUUCCAGAUUUGAACAACUAGUGAGAUUCACAUUGAUAUUAAGUUUUCAACAUUGUGUUCUUUUUGCAUUCAUUUUUUUUUUUACUUUUAUUAAAGGUUUAAAACCA